AUGAAGAAGAGUAGCAGUGUCAGUACGUCUGGACCACGUGCUGUUGAGUCAUUGCAUGAUUUGACCAAAGAUGAGUACUUUGUGUGCAAACGAGGAUGUUUCAGUUUCAGUUAUGUUCAUGUCCCAGAAGAGAUAGAGUGGCACAUGCUUGACAAGUCCAAGUUCUUCAUCCUAGGAGCAGCUUUGUUCUCAGGUCUAUCAGCUGCUCUUUACCCUGUUGUUGUGUUGAAGACACGCCAACAAGUUUCCUCAGCAAACAUCUCUUGCCGAAACAUGUCUUCUUCCAUCAUGCUCCACGAAGGUUUUAGAUGUUUCUACAAAGGUUUUGGCACUUCCUUGAUGGGAACAAUCCCUGCACGUGCGCUUUACAUGUCAGCACUCGAAGUUACAAAGAGCAACGUUGGCAAUGUUACUGUUCAGUUGGGGUUUUCAGACACCACUGCCAUGACCAUAGCUAAUGCUGCUGGAGGGUUAGCUUCUGCUUUGGCUGCACAAUUAGUGUGGACCCCAGUUGAUGUUGUAAGCCAAAGACUUAUGGUUCAAGGAAGCUGCAAAAAUGUUUACAAGAAUAGUUUUGAUGCUUUUAGGAAAAUUCUAUGUGCGGAUGGACCAAGAGGGUUCUAUAGGGGAUUUGGGGUUUCAAUUGUGACUUAUGCACCAUCUAACGCGGUUUGGUGGGCUUCUUAUUCAAUGGCACAUAGGCUUAUUUGGGGUGCUUUUGGUUGCUAUAUGGGUAAGAGGGAUCAUGAGCGUGGUUUUGUUAAUGGUUGUGAUUUUAGGCCUAAUUCAAGUGCAAUGAUAGGUGUACAAGGUUUGAGUGCGGUUAUGGCUAGUGGAAUUUCAGCAGUUAUGACUAUGCCACUUGACACAAUCAAGACAAGGUUGCAGGUUUUGGAUGCAGAGGAGAAUGGACGAAUGAGGCCACUAACUUUUGUGCAAACAGUUCGGAAUAUGGUGAAGGAAGGUGGAAUCUUAGCUUGUUACAGAGGAUUGGGGCCAAGGUGGGCUUCAAUGUCCUUAUCUGCCACAACCAUGAUUACUACCUAUGAGUUCUUGAAACGGAUUUCUGCCAAGAAUGUAGACAAAUUUACUGCAUAAUAACUC